AUAAGAACCCACCCGAUAUAGUAUAUAAAUAACCCAAGGCCAUAAAUAUUUAAUCACAACCGAUCACUAUAGUUAUAACUUCUGAGUUAGAAAUAAAAAAAUGGCUAUUAAGACUUAUGCACGGACUGCUCCUUGUGAAACUUGUGAGGGGAAAAUGGACAUGACGCUGGAAGAGUUCAAGAAAUGGAUAUGGAAGUUCGACGAAGACGACGACGGGAGGAUCAACAGAAGUGAGCUCCGGGAAGCCAUCCGAGCCGCCGGCUUGAGGUUCUCGUGGCUCAAAGCUCGCCAGGGGAUGAAGGCCGCCGACGGGGACGGGGACGGCUUUAUCAUCGACGGUGAUGAAUUUGCCAGGCUCGCUGCUUUCGCCCAAGCCCACUUCAAUAUCCGCAUCGUCAGCUAUUAAUUAUAUUAUAUUUCUUCCUAAUAAAUAUUUGAUGAGCACUUUAUAAAUACUAUCGUAUAAUUCAUUUCGGCCAUCUAUUUGCAUAAUGAUGGCUUAAUUUCGAUAUUCAUGCAUGUUUGUAUAUACUCCGUAAAUAAAUAGAUAUAUUUAUGUAUCUGUAAUUAUCUGUGUUUAUGUAUAAGGCCAAGGGAAGCAGAGCUCAUUAUCUUAAUUCUUAAGAAAAAACGUCAAUUUCC